AUGGAGGAUUAUUUCAAGUUGGGGCAUAUGUCUUUGGUAAACGAAUCUUUAGGGUCAGAAGUUAAAUUCAUUUUACCUCACCGCUGUGUACUAAAAUCUAGUUCUUUGACUACUAAAGUACGGGUAGUUUUUGAUGGUUCCUGUAAAUCAACUAAUAAUAUCAGUCUGAACGACGUUUUGAUGGUGGGUCCAAUCAUACAACCUGAUAUAUUUAAUACAUUGUUAAGAUUUAGAAAGCACCAAAUUGCCUUUACGGCAGAUAUAGAGAAGAUGUACCGACAAAUAAAGUUACAUCCCUCGGAUCGACAAUUUCAACAUAUAUUAUGGCGAGAAGAUAAGUCCAAAUCGGUUCAAGAAUAUGAACUUAAUACUGUAACUUACGGCUUAGGCCCUAGUUCAUUUUUAGCCACCAGAUGCUUGAAGCAACUGGCUAUAGAAAAUUCAAAGGAUUUUCCCGAGGCAAGUCACGUUAUAGAAAACAAUUUCUACAUGGAUGAUUUAAUCUCAGGAACCGACAGUGUAGAAGACGCCAUUUAUUUAAUCAAACACUUCAUAAAUAUUCUAGAUUCUGCUAAAUUUCCACUUCGAAAAUGGACGUCAAAUAGAACAGAAAUAUUUGAAAAUUUAAAUCUGGAUCUCUCUUCCUCUGAAUUUAUGAUUAAGGAUGGAUCCAGUACAAAAACGUUAGGAGUUUUUUGGUUCUCCUUAGAGGACGUUUUUAGUUAUUCCGCUAACAAAUUAAGUAUAAAAACUUAUACCAAAAGAUCGAUUCUAUCUAUAAUAUCACAAGUUUUUGAUCCGUUGGGAUUAAUCGCCCCGGUGACAAUAACGGCAAAAAUUUUACUGCAAAAAUUGGGGUCACUCAAGGUAGAUUGGGACGAUGUUUUACCGGAUUACUAUGUUAAAUCGUUUUUAAAUUAUUGUGAAAUUAAUAAAUUAAAAAUAUCACGUUGUCUGAUAAUCAAUAAUGCCAUUGACUUAGAACUUCACUGUUUCACUGAUGCCUCCACAAGCGCUUAUGGAGCAGUAAUUUAUAUUUUAUCCCGAAAUAAUAUUGGCUAUAAGGUAAGUUUAGCUUGUGCAAAAUCCAAGGUAGCACCUUUGAAAACAAUUACCCUUCCCCGUCUGGAGCUUAUGGCAGCACUUUUAGGCGCACAAUUAGCUUCAAGGCUACUGGAAUCAUUGAAUUUAUCCUUUGAUAAAAUAAUGUUUUGGUGUGACUCCACAAUUACAUUGACGUGGAUAAAAAGGGAACCUAGUACUCUUAAGACUUUUGUAGCUAACAGAAUAUCUCAAAUUCAAAGCUUAACGAUGGACAAUGAAUGGAGAUAUGUGCCUUCUUCGGAAAAUCCAGCCGAUUUCGUAUCAAGGGGAGUACAACCUUCAGAAAUUAGCUCAUGA